AUGACAUCAUAAUUGCGGUCAACCAAGAAGUCUCCUUCUUCGAUCCUUGGAGACACUGUAUGCGUUCUAUAGCCUCCAAAUUCAUUAAGUUUAAAUUAAUCUGAGACUAUGUUGGCAUCAUGUGCUAAAAAUCGUUAUUUAAUAUGGAAGAAAGGAGUAAAUGAGAAAUGGGAAUUAAAAUGUAAAUAAGAGGUUACUUAAGGAUACAAAAUAUACUUUAUGGAUGAUUAAUAAUUACUAUGGGUGGCAAAUGAUAAGAAUAUUGAUUAAAUUUUAAUUUUUUAAUUAGAGAAUGGAGUAUUCAAAUAGAAUUAAGACAAAACUAUUCAAUUAAAUACAAAUCAAUUAUGUGAAGAUGAUUGGAGACUCUUCCAAAUUAUAUAUAAUAAAGAUAAAAAUAUGCUAUUAGUUAGACAUAAACAUCAUAUUUAUAUUAUUAGCAAAGUAAAUGAAGGUAACUUUAAGAUAAGAGGAUCAUUAAAUUGUGAAAUUGAAGAUAUUUUUGGAACUAUUACAGAUAAUGCAUAAUAUUUAGUAUUUUGGGAUAACAAAUAAAAGAAAUAUUCAUCAUAUGAGUUAUUAUAAAAAUGA